UUUUUUUAUUGUGCAAUUCAUUCUUGGAUGUUUCAAUGACCGAAUUCCCAUUUAAGAAACAAAGCAAAUAGAAAUGAUCCGUUUCUUUUUUUUUAUUUACUUUUUUUUUUAUUUUUUUUUCUUCUUCUUGUUGCUUUUCUUUUAAAUGGAUUACUAUGAAGUACUUGAUCUUUCUGAAAAUGCAACAGAAGAAGAGAUCAAGAAAGCUUAUCGUAAAUUAGCAUUAAAAUAUCAUCCUGACAAGAACAAAGAUCCGGAUGCCCAACAAAAGUUUCAAAACAUCAGUCAUGCCUAUGAAAUAUUAUCUGAUCCUGAACAACGGAAGAAUUAUGACUAUCAAAAACAAUCAUCUAUGCCUUCUUCUGGUUAUCCUUUCUCAAAUGCGACAGCGGCCAAUCAUAUUUAUGCGGACUUUUUAUUCCGGGAUCCCAUGGAUAUCUUUGAACAAUUCUUCCAUCAAAAGGAUCCUUUUCAUGAAUUCAUUCCAACAUACCUUGAUGAUGACAUUGCUUUUGGUGGUUAUUCUACAUCUGUGACUACUACCAUUAUCAACGGCAAAAAGACUACCAUCACCACUAUUCACGAUCAAAAUGGAACAAAAAUAGUUGAAGAUCAUGGAGGUAGAAAACGAAUAUUGGUGAAUGGUGUUGAAACAUACAACAAUUUGGAAGAUACAGCCAAUUCUCUUGAUGAAGAACAACCUAUACCAUUGAUUCAUGAUAAUCUCUUUUAUCCAGCUCAACAACCAAUCACUACAACGCAAGAUCAAGAUCAUGAUGAUGAACACCAAUCAAAUUAUAAAGACUCUUUAUUUCGAUUCUUUUGUUGUUCUUGUUGUUAAUAUUUCAAUAAUAAAAGAA